AUGUUUCCUGAAAAGGGUCAGGGUCCCUCUGCUUCAAAGGUUAUAGCAGUUGUCACUCUUUUUCCCUUCAGUGGCUUCCUUCUCCUCCUCGUCGGCCUGAUGUUUGUCGGAAUGCUCAUCGACCUAGCAUUGUCGACGCCGCUGUUCAAGAUCUGCAGCCCCAUCUUGGUCCUUGUAGCAAUAGUCAUCGGCUUGGCUGUCACUGGGUUUUUGGCAUCAGGAGCUUUCGGUAUAACCAGGAUUUCGUCGCUCUCGUGGAUACUCAAAAAUAUGCGUGGAACAAGGCUGCCAGAGCAAAUGGAGCAUGCGAAGUUGGGCGCGCAGGAAACGGCGGGUCAUCUGGGGUAG